CCAACAAACAUUUUACUCGAGAUGACAUAGAAUACUAUAGAAUUUAUAUUAUUUUUUUUAAGUUGAGAGAGAGAAGUGGAUAAACACUGACGAGUGACGAACUCACUUGAGCAAAUUUCAAUCAAUUUCUCUUUUGAAAAAGAAAAAAAAAAGUUGACAUUUUUGCAAAGUUCAAAAACCUCUCGAUGUUUAAAACGAAAAGCACUACUAAUCGGAAGCUAUACAUAGUGAACGAAGAUGCCCCUCUCAUCACCACAUCACCUCCACCGCCGCCGCCGCCUCAUUUGCUGGCCAUGAAUUCAUCCAUGGUGCUCGUCAUCCUCGUCCUCUCCACAGCUCUCCUCUCCGUCAUCUUCUUCUGCUUCUACCUCUGCCGACCCAGCCCCGUCCCCACCGCCACCCGAAACGCCUCUCCCACGGCGGCCACUUCUCGCAAGGGACUGGACCCCGCAUCCGUGCCUGUGAGCUCCUACGGCGGCGUCGCGGUGGCGUAUCGGAAUGUGGAGUGCGCGAUAUGCCUGGGUGAGUUUGGGGAAAACGACGACGUUAAAGUGAUGCCGUUUUGUAGGCACGUGUUCCACCCUGGUUGUAUUGACACGUGGCUGUCUUCGCACGUGACUUGCCCUGUUUGCCGGUCAAGUCGAGUUUUGGAAGGAGCCGGAGAAGAGCGGAGGUAAAAAUGUUUAUUUGCAAUAAUAAAUAAUAUUAUCCUUUUUGGUACGACGACGUUUCACUCUUUUUUAAGUUUAGAUAUGUUUGUCUGUGUAUAUGUUUUUAACUGGAAAGGAAAAUCAUUAUGCCAGCCACGUGUACAUAUAAUUGUGACAAGGAUUGCCCACCUACCAAGUGGUUACAUUAAUAUAUAUUUUAUUUAUUUUAAGUAA